CAGUUCUGACAAUGUCUUUUCUUGGCCAUUUUCAAAUUUUUCUUUUUCUUUAUGCUUUGCUUCUUCUCUCAGCACAAUCUCGCAAAACCGAACAUGAUACAGAAUCUAGUGACGAUGGUGCAGAAGGACAACGAUGGGCGGUUCUAGUGGCUGGUUCUAAAGAAUAUGAAAACUAUAGGCAUCAGGCUGAAAUAUGCCAUGCGUAUCAGAUACUGCGUAAAGGAGGUCUAAAAGAUGAAAACAUAAUAGUGUUUAUGUUUGAUGACAUUGCCUUAAAUCCUAAGAAUCCCAAGCGUGGAGUAAUCAUUAACAGACCCGGGGGAGAGGAUGUUUAUCAAGGAGUUCCUAAGGACUACACGGGAGAAGCUGUGAAUGUAGAGAACUUUUUAAAUGUGAUACUUGGAAACAAGAGUGGCGUCACAGGAGGAAGUGGAAAAGUUGUGAAAAGUGGUCCGAAUGACAAUAUAUUCAUCUACUAUGCUGACCAUGGAGCUACAGGAUUUAUAUCGAUGCCCACUGGUGAAGCACUCUAUGCAGAAGAUUUCAUCAAAGUCUUGGAGAGGAUGCACUUGCUAAAAGAUACAAGAAGAUGGUAUGCAUUAAUAACUCAUGUGAUAUAUAUUGAAGCUUGUGAAUCUGGAAGCAUGUUUGAAGGGCUGUUAAAGACAAAUCUCAAUAUAUACGCAGUUACUGCUUCUAAUGCAAAAGAUAGCAGCUAUGGCAUCUACUGUGGUGAUACAUAUCCUCCUUCUCCUCCUGAGUAUAAUGGUCUUUGUCUCGGCGACGAAUUUAGUGUCUCUUGGCUUGAGGACAGCGAACUUCAUGACAUGAGAAAAGAGACUUUGAAGCAGCAAUACCAAGUUGUAAAGAGAAGAACAAGAUCUUCUCAUGUCUGCCGUUUUGGAUCAGAGGAGCUUCUUAAAGACUAUCUCGUCUCUUACAUUGGAACCAAUCCUGAAAACAAAAACUUCAGUCUAGCUUCAUUGACUGCCUCACAAAUCUCUAACCUAAGCUGGUCAAUACACGUGAGAUACCUCUGUUAUAUCUCCAGAAGAAGGUGA